AUGGCAUCACCCAAGACGCGGCGGACACGAAUUGUCUGCAUCUCAGACACGCACAACCACGCCUUUGGCCUGCCCAAAGGGGACGUGCUGAUUCACGCAGGAGACAUCACCAACCAGGGGAGCUAUUCCGAGCUUUCCAAGGCCAUCAAGUGGCUGGAAGAUGCCGACUUUCAAGCCAAGAUUGUCGUCGCCGGAAAUCACGACAUUACCUUGGACGCCGAAUUUUACACCAAGCAUGGCCACUUGUUCCAUAACCAAGUCUCUCAGAACCCAGCAUCGUGCCUCGCGCUCGUUGCCUCCUCGCCCUCCGUCACCUACCUCGCCCACGAGGCCACGACGAUCCGGCUGCAGUCCCCGACAGGACCGCGUACAGAGUUCACGGUAUUCGGCUCGCCUUACUCGCCGCGCCACGGCGUGUGGGCGUUCCAUUACGACUCUCCCAACGGUCCUUCCUCCGCCGACGCGGACCUCACGGCACUGUGGGAGCGCAUCCCUCUGCAGGCCGACAUUGUCGUCACCCACACGCCGCCCCGGACGCACCGCGACGACGCCGACGACGGCGAAAGGACGGGUUGUGAGGCGCUCAGACGCGCCCUCUGGCGGGUGAGGCCAAAGCUCGCCGUCUGCGGUCACAUUCACGACGGUCGGGGGGCCGAGCGCGUGACCUGGGAUCUGCAUGAGCCGAACGUCGCCUACGCGGAGAAGGGCACCAUCCUCUGGACGGACGCCGGAGAGGGCAACAAGAAGCUUAGCCUCAUCGACCUCACCGGUAAACAUUCACGCCCGCUCGACAAUGAUGGCACCGACCCAUCUCGUACAAGGACGAGCACGGCACCGUCGUCGGAGCACCAUGACCUUGCUCAAUCAAGCCCAUCACCGGCCUCGCCGUCUUCUGCUGGAGACACUUUGGAGCCGGGCUCUAGGACAGAAGCUGGUCGCGAGGUCGCUUGCAAGGGACAUGGACUGGCCGGAGACCCAAACGCGGCACCGUGGGAUUGCGAAGCUCUCGUCGGACGAAUGGGACGCAAGGAGACGUGUGUCGUCAACGCGGCGAUUAUGAAGAGCAGCUAUCCGCACGCCGGCGGGAAGAAAUUCCACAAGCCCAUCGUCGUCGACGUUGACUUGCCAGUUUGGGAGCAAGCCUCGACGGACGACGUGGCAUGA